UUUAAGGAAAUAAAGCAAAAAAACCUCUAUCUGUCACUCCAAGGUUUGGAAUGUUUCAACCCGACCCGUAAAAGCGUUACCAUUAACACGCGACUGGUCUCUCUUCCUUACUGAGCUAGUUUCGCAACCUCACCACCCUCCCUAGCUUCUCAACUCCUCUACCGGCGUUGGAAAUGGCAUCAUCACCGUUCUCUGCGAUCCUCCGCAACAAGUUCCAUAGCUUCACCGCCACAUUUCAGCUUCUGAGACCGUAUUGCUCCGCCUCCACCACUGUCACGAUUAACCGGAGAAACCUCUACUCCAGAAUCAGCCCCCUCGGUGACCCUUCUCUCAGCGUGGUUCCCGUUCUCGAAAACUGGCUCCAAGAGGGUCACGCCGUCAGGGACCAGGAGCUCCAGCGUAUCGUCAAAACUCUACGCACCCGGAAACGCUUCACUCAAGCUCUACAGGUUUCUGAAUGGAUGAGUAGCAAAGGGCUCUGCCCAAUUUUGCCAGGUGACCGAGCCGUGCAGCUAGAACUUAUUGGUAGAGUUCGUGGACUGGAGAGUGCAGAGAGCUAUUUUCAGAAUUUGAGUGAUAGUGACAAAACUGAAAAGGUUCAUGGUGCCCUUUUGAAUUGUUAUGUGAUGGCAGGAUCAGUUGACAAGUCACUCUCCCAGAUGCAGAAGAUGAAGGACAUGGGUUUUGUUUCUCCUCUCCAUUACAACAAUAUAAUGAGCCUCUACACACGAACUGAACAACAUGAGAAAGUCCCAGAUGUUUUGGCAAUGAUGAAAGAAGACGGUGUUUCUCCUGACAUUUUCAGCUACAGGAUUUGCUUAAACUCAUAUGGCGCGAGAUCUGACCUCGAGAAUAUGGAGAAACUGUUGGAGAAAAUUGAAACAGAAGGCGACAUUGCCGUGGAUUGGAUGACAUAUUCUACGGUGGCUAACUUCUACGUGAAAGCAGGCCUGAAAGAUAAAGCUCUUAUCUACCUGAAGAAGUGUGAGGACAAGGCAUACAAACGCGACGCAGUUGCUUACAAUCAUAUGAUUUCACAUUAUGCAAGUCUUGGGAAGAAGAAAGACAUGAUGAGAUUGUGGAAACUGCAGAAAGAUAACUGUAAGAAGCAACUUAAUAGGGAAUAUAUAACCAUGUUGGGUUGUCUGGUGAAGUUAGGGGACCUUGAGGAAGCUGAGAAAUUACUUGGUCAGUGGGAGUUAUCUGGUAACACUUACGAUUUCAAGGUGCCAAACAUCCUCCUGAUUGGGUAUUCACGGAAGGGAUUGAUUGAAAAGGCAGAAACGAUGCUCCGAAGCAUGGUUGAUAAAGGGAAGACUCCUACUCCUAACAGUUGGUCUAUUAUAGCAUCUGGGCAUGUGGCCAAGGAGAACAUGGAGAAGGCAUUUCAGUGCUUCAAGGAGGCUUUGGCUGUGCUAGCUGAGAAUAAAGGUUGGAGACCAAAAUCUGAUGUUGUUUCCAGCAUAUUGAGUUGGGUUACUGAUAACAGAGAUAUAGAGGAAGUAGAAGAUUUUGUAAAUUCAUUGAAGAAAGUGAUGUCAAUGAAUAGGGACAUGUAUCUGUCUUUGAUCAAGCUAUAUGUUAGAUGUGGGAGGGAAGUAGAUGGGGUUUUAGAGAGCAUGAAAGCUGACAAUAUUGAGCUCGAUGAAGAGAUGGAAGAAAUUCUCAACUCAAGAUUGCAACAAUAGUGAUUUUUUGUUUUCCCUACCUUUUUUUUUUGUCUUGCAACAAUUUUAUAUUGCAUCAUUUGCAUUUUAUCUCCUCUCUUUUCUGGUGUAAGUGUAUCAAGUUUUCAUUGAGGAAGGUGGGCAUCUAAGAAAACGUGUUUGAUCU